ACCAAUGCUUACCAUUUCCCGCGUUUUGUUUGGGACAAGAUGUCGGGCCACACGUUGGAGCAAACAUUAAAAGAAGCGCUCAUUGAAAGCCUUACAGCUAUUCUUUCGCCAGAUCAUAAUACCCGAAUCAAUGGGGAAGAACAAGUGAAAGCGUUGGAAGUCACUGAAGAAUUCGGAGUGCAUCUUGCACAGCUGACAGUUGACAGGAAUGGCCCUCUUGCAAUCAGACAGCUUGCUUCAGUGCUUCUCAAACAAUAUGUUGAGGCCCAUUGGUCACAGCAGUCGGACAAAUUUCGCAUACCAGAAGCAUCACCGUCUUCUAAAGCAGAAAUUAGAAAGAUAUUGCCCAUGGGACUGAAUGAGUCAAUCAGCAAGGUUCGGUCCAGUGUGGCGUACGCAGUGUCAGCCAUUGCUCACUGGGAUUGGCCCGAGGCUUGGCCAGACCUCUUCCAGAUUCUCAUGCAGGCCUUGACCAGUGGAGACACAAACGCAGUGCAUGGUGCUAUGCGAGUACUAGCAGAAUUCACUCAAGAUGUCACAGAUCUACAAAUGCACCAUGUUGCUCCAGUGAUCCUUCCAGAGAUGUACAAGAUAUUUAUACAGCAUGAGGUCUUUAGCAUUCGGACGCGUUCUCGAGCAGUUAAUAUUUUCAACAUUUGUGCAGGAAUGAUCGCAGCUAUGGAUGAAUUGAAGAAGGGUCUAGCCAAACAGCUGCUGUUUCCAGUGCUUCCACAGUUCACAGAGGCAUUUGUACAAGCCCUGGUUGUUCCAGAUGGCCUGUCUUCAGACAGUGGGCUCAAGAUGGAGGUUAUGAAGGCAGUGACGACCCUAGUGAAGAGCUUCCCCAAGGUGAUGUCCCAGUGGAUAGGGCAGAUCCUGCAGCCCGUGUGGACCAUAUUCACACACAGCUCUGACUUUUAUGUUAAAACUGUAAUAAACAACACAGAAGAGGCAGAUGACCCUGUUGAUUCUGAUGGUUGGCCAAGCUCUAAUGGUUCACAAGGGGGCGCUCUAGGGUUUGAGAACCUGAUCUACGGUGUGUUUGAGUUCAUCCAUGCACUGCUGGACAUCAACAAGUUCAAGGGGCUGGUGAAGAAGUCGGCCAACGACAUCAUCUACUAUGUCCUCCUCUACAUGCAGAUCACAGAGGACCAGGCACGAAUGUGGACAUUGAAUCCUGACCAGUUUGUAGAGGAUGAAGAUGAUGAUACUUUCUCAUAUUCUGUGAGAAUUUCAGCACAAGAUCUUCUCAUGUUGAUAGGUCAGGAGUUUGAGGAGGAGACUGCACUGGGUCUGUGUCUGGCGAUCACCAAACACCUGCAGGAGGCCGAGGCCCAGAAACACCAUAACCACAACUGGUGGAAAGUGCACGAGUCCUGUAUGCUGGCCCUGGGUACGACAUGCAGUCUGCUGGUGGACAUGGUGAAGUCUGGGAAGGUGCAGUUUGAUGUGUCUGCCUUUCUACAGAACGUGGUUCUCACAGAUAUGAACCUUUCGGUGUCCCCAUUCCUGAUUGGCCGAUGUUUGUGGACGGCCAGUCGAUAUUGUGAAGGAAUGAAUACAGACUUGCUACAGAGAUGCUUGCAAGCGACGGUCGGUGGAAUUCACCCUAGUCAACCCCCAGUGAUCAGAAUCUCUGCCAUCCGUGCCGUCUACAGCUACUGUGACUUCCUUAAAACCUCUGAAAACACAGCCAUGCUUGUACCGUUCUUGCCCAACAUUACGGAAGGGCUGGUUGCUGUGGCAACCCAGUUUUCCUCUGAUGUGCUUUCUCUGUGCCUAGAAACACUGUCCAUGGUCCUAUCUGUGGAUAAAUCAUUUACAGCUUCAUGUGAAUCUAAAGUCACUCCCCUGACAAUAGCUGUGUUCCUGAAAUACUCAAGUGACCCUGUGAUAUCAAACAUUGUUCAGGACAUGUUUAAGGAGUUGGCCCUCAAUGAGGCCUGCAUGCUGCCCCUACAGCAGAGGCUGCUGCCCACACUGAUAAGCAUCCUACAGGCGGGGCAGGACAAGGUGGCUGUGGGACUCCCUUCUGUUGCCCUGGAUGUUCUGACUACCAUUUUGAGGGCCAGCAAGUCACCAAUAUCAGAGCAGAUGCUGAGUGCUUUCUCUGCAGUGGUCUUCUGCACCCUGCACACUGACGAUAAUGCAACCAUGCAGAGUGGUGGUGAGUGUACUCGUGCAUUUGCCUCGGUGGCCUUGGAUCAAGUGGCUCACUGGAGGGAUGAACAAGGCAACACGGGUCUCACCUACAUAAUCCAGGUAAUCUCACGCCUGCUGGACCCCAAGACUUCAGAGUUCACGGCCUCCUUUGUUGGCAAGUUGGUGACAGUGGUGCUGUCCAAGGUUGGGGGUCAGUUGGGAGAACAGAUGGAUCUUAUACUAAGGGCAGUGCUCAGCAAAAUGCAGCAAACAGAGACCCUGAGUGUCAUGCAGUCUCUGCUGAUGAUAUUUGCACGACUGAUGCAUGACCAGAUGGAUGCGGUUCUUGAGUUCUUGACAAGCGUCCCUGACCCAAUGGGGAAGCCUGCGCUGGAGUUUGUACUGAAGGAAUGGUGUGCUAGACAGCGCUCUGUGUAUGGGGCAUAUGAAAGGAAAGUCAUGGUUGUGGCCCUAAGCAAGCUCCUGGGGCAUAUAGUGACGAGUAAUGAUGCCAGAUUGAAGAGCAUUGUAGUGGAGGGUGAUGAGGUACAACCAGCUGCUGGAAACGGCAUCAGGACGCGGUCUAAAGGCAAGGUACAGUGGACCCAGAUCCCAGUGGAAGUGCAGAUCUACAAGCUUCUCAUCAACGAGCUCAGUAAUCAGAUCGAGAGCCAACAGUCUACCACCCAGAAUGAUGACACUGUAGAGGAUGAGGAAGAUGGGGAUGGCUGGGAGGAUGAGGACGAGGGUGGGGACAUGCCGCCUAGUGGUCAGACCCUGUCCAGCCUUCUAGAGGAGUUUGUGGGUGAGUUCUCCACACUUGCUGACGAGGCAGAGGAGGAGGAGGAUGACCCUGACGCACUCACGGACCCUGUCAAUCAGGUCAACCUACUGCCAUACCUCACUGAGUUCCUGCAGUCUCUCUCCCAACAACCCUACUACACAACCUUUGCUGCACAUCACACGGAAAAUGAGAAACUGGUUCUACGUAGUAUCAAUGUACAGGCAUAGGAACAUUGUUUUAGCAUUUUAUUUAUUUUUAUUCUUGUUUGCUCUUCAGAUGAUCCAAAUACUAUAAAAUUGGGAAAUGUGAGAUUAUGAGCGAUUAGUUGUGCAUCAUAAGCUUGCAGUGAUUUUAUUUUACAACAUAAUACUUACAUGUAUAUAAUUAUAAUAUGGUACAACUCUAAAUUAUAUUAAUAAAAUGGUGUAAGAGAUAAUAGUUUUUAUGUAAAUAUGAAUGAGUUUCAACAGAUCAUUAUUAAAUAAAUCUUUUGAAUUUUCUACAUGACAAAGUUAUUUAUGUUGAAUUACGGGAUCCUGAUUUUCCAAGCUCUCUGUUAGGACAGUUGAAAGUGGCAAAACUGAUAUUACUACACUAUACUGACUGCAAAAUCUGUUUGAUUGAUGGAGUCUUUUUAGCUGGCAGUGUUAACAGAGUUCUGAUCCAGAAGCAUCAAUAUAUUGAAAAGCAUCCAUAUAUUGGUUUACAAACUCCAUUUUGAUCCAUAAUAUCUUUAUAGAUACAGCCACUGUGAAGAUGUCAAGCACACUUUUAGACCUACAUGCAUUAAUAUAUGAAUCAAUACAAGUGCAUACAUUUUGUUAAUUUCUUGUAGAGUUUAUAAAUGCUAGGUGAAUGUUUGUGUGUUUUAAUGUCAUUGCUUGUAUGAACUCAAAUACUAUGUAUUAAAUUGUUAAAUAGAUCAUCUUCUUACUUCUUACAUCAUGCUUUAAAAUAGUAGUUUAACUGUGCAAUAUCAGUGGACAAUUAUUUAUUGUCAGUAUUCAUUUGUAAGUCAUUAUAAUAUUUAUUUUUAUGCCCCCGAAGGAGGACAUAUAGUGAUCAGACUGUCCGUCCCUCUGUCCGUCAGUCUGUCUGUCCAUCUGUCUGUCACACUUUGCGUUUAGGUUUCGAAAAAUGCUCAUAACUUCUAUGUCGCUUCAGAUGGCAAUUUUAUAUUUGGCAUGCAUGUGUAUAUGGACAAGGCCUUUCCAUGCGCACACAUAUUUUGACCCCUGUGACCUUCAACUUAGGGUCCGCGUUUAGGUUUCGAAAUCUGCGUUUAGGUUUCGAAAAAAGCUCAUAACUCGUAUGUUCUUGAGCUAUAACCUUUAUAUUUGAUAUGCAUGUGUAUAUGGACAGGGCCUUUCCAUACGCACAAACAUUUUGAUCCCUGUGACCUUGAACUUGGGGUCCGCCUUUAGGUUUCGAAAUCUGGGUUUAGGUUUUGAAAAAUGCUCAUAACUUCUAUGUCCCUCGAGAUAUAACCUUCAUAUUUGGUUUGCAUGUGUAUAUGGACAAGGCCUUUCCAUACGCACACAAAUUUUGACCCCUGCGACCUUGGCCUUGAAGUUAGGGUCCACGUUUAGGUUUCAAAAUCUGCGUUUAGGUUUCGAAAAAAGCUCAUAACUUCUAUCAAGCGUUAAAGGGGGCAUAAGUCAUCCUAUGGUGACAGCUCUUGUUUUAAACAAAGAAGGUGUUUUGAGCAAUCCUGUUAAAAUUUAAUUGACUGAUUAAGUAUCAUGUGUUUAUAUAGCUGCAUCAUUGGAAAGGGUUUAAUACUAAAUAGUAAAUACAGCCAGCAUAGCUCCAGACCUCCCUUCACAUUCUAGCAGUCGGCCCAGGAGCCACCUGGUCUGCUAUAAAGUCAUGAAAGGUUUCUUGGUCUUGUGAGCAGGAUUUAUGAAUCCUAUAUGUGCUUAGUCCCAAUUUUGGAUUUAAUGAAACUUUCUUUAUAAUAACAUAAUUAGAUCAUGUAUUUGCAUGAACAUAGAUUUCUAUAUUCAUAUGUAUAUAAUAAAAGUUAUUCAUACAGUGUAUUCAUGCAAACAAGCAAAUGUGAUGCAGACAAAACGUCUUGAUAGUUGACUGCUAUAUAUUGGUAAUGUGAUCAGCGUAUUUAGAUAGAAAGAAUGAUCUGUUAAAAAACCCAGAAAGAAUGAUCUGUUAAAAAAUCCAAGCCUGUAAAUGAUCGUAUUCAAGUAUUUGAUACAACUUCAAGUUGGUGUUCAUAUCAGUUAUCUUUGAACUAGUAUAAUUAUCAUAAAACACCUUUAUUUAGUUUCCUUUAUUGUUUGAUGUGUAAAUGCUUUUAAUAUUCCAGUAUUUAAUAAAUAUAAAGAAUGUA